UGACAGAUGGCGCUAACCAUUGACGUCAACACACAGCAUCAACAUUUGCAAUAAUUAUUUGGAAUAUCGACCGGCGAACGAGAAGAUGCUGGAAAUUGUGUUUGUGAUGUGAUUUUGUGUGUGUGAAACAUUAACCAUGUAGGUGAAGAUUGCUUAACAUGGAAAACAAAGCAUCGUGUCACAAUCACAGCCAAGUGGUUAGCAUAAAGUGGAUUCAUCCAGUUAAUUUACCUUUACCUGCUGGGUAAAUUCCCUCUGUAAGAAGUAACCAGCAUGGCUGAAUAUCACAAAAAAUACUUUUCUCCACGACUCUUAGAUUAUAUGGUUAUAGUUGGUAGUCGGCAUCACCAUAAUAACAACAAUGUAGCGCAAACACCAGAAUUGUUACGGAGAUACCCACUUGAGGACCAUGCUGAUUUUCCACUUCCAACCGACGUGAUAUUCUUUUGUCAACCUGAAGGAUGCAUCAGCGUUGGUCCAAAACGGAUGAGUCUAAGGGAAACGACCUCGUUCGUUUUCACACUUACAGAAAAAGAUUCAGGAAAAGUCCGCUUUGGAAUAUGUGUGAAUUUUUUUAGGCCGAUAGAAAAAUACAAACCCGAUCGGAGGUCUGACAGUCGGCACAGUACUUUCAGCAGUAGUUUUGGAAGCGAUAGACAGUACAGUAGUGGGAGCUACUCAGAAUCUGGUAGAAAUAUCCGGAAAUUAUCACACGAUUCCGAGACACAUUCUCCGCAAACUAAUAAAAGGACAAAAAAUAGUUCGCGGGUUAGGAGCAAUACUCUUACGUCACUAUGCAUCAUCAGCCACCAUCCAUUUUUCUCCACAUUUCGUGAAUGUUUGUUUAUAUUACGUCGUCUAAUUGAGGCCUGCCAUGAGAGGAGUUGUUCAAAGCGUAUCGGAGGCUCCAGAAACCUCUCCAGAGACACAGUGUGGGGUGUGCUGACUGGCCAGGGCAGUGACAACAUACCCGGCCUGGUUGUGCACGAGAUACGUGAGCUGGAGACUUGGGUGCUGCGUCUCCUCAGUGCCCCUGUACCUGUGCCAGGAAAAACUAAAGUGGAGAUCCAUGUUCUGCCGCGCGAGAUCCAGCCCCCCUUGCUGUUUGCCCUGCCUGAUCACACUCGUUUCUCGCUGGUUGACUUCCCGCUUCACCUGCCUCUAGAGCUCCUGGGGGUGGAGACGUGCCUCAAGGUGCUCACUGCCAUUAUGCUCGAGUUCAAAGUGAUUAUGCAAUCCCGUGACUACAACGCUCUCACCAUGAGUGUGAUGGCGUUUGUCUCCAUGUUGUACCCGCUGGAGUACAUGUUUCCUGUGAUACCACUUCUGCCCACCUGUAUGUCCUCAGCAGAACAGCUGUUGUUGGCACCUACCCCGUAUCUGAUUGGAGUUCCAGCCAGCUUCUUACUGUAUAAGAAGGACUUCACAUUGCCAGACGAUGUGUGGCUGGUAGAUCUAGACUCGAACAAGAUAAGUCCGCCCUCCCAGUCAGGCAACACAGAAUUACCUCCCAUGCCUGAACCGGAAGGAUCUAUUCUCAGGAACCAUCUGAAACAGGCCCUGACGAGCAUGAGUAUGACCCCUCAGCCAAUCAAGAACCUCGAUGCCCUUGCCCAGAAUCCGGACAUAUGGACUCGGCGCGAGAGUUUCUCCAACAACACAGGAUUCAACCCUCUAAUCUAUGGAAAUGAUGUUGAUUCUGUCGACGUGGCAACCAGGGUUGCAAUGGUUCGUUUCUUCAACUCGUCGAAUACUCUGGGCAACUUCACGGAGCACACUCGUACUCUACGGCUCUACCCCAGACCAGUCGUGGCAUUCCAGCUCUACAGUUUCCUCAAGUCCCGUCCAAUCAAUACACACUUCACACGCAGGCUGGCCCGCACUCAGUUCCAUGCGGCAAACACAUCCUUCACAUGCAGGCUAGCUGUAACGCAGGCCGUGGAGUUUUUUGCUGAGUGGGCCCUAUGCCCCCAGAACGUUGCUUUCCUACGGGUCCAAACAUCCGUGUUUGACCCUCUGCUGAUUGGGGAUAAGCCUAAGUGGUACGCCCAUCAGCUCCAGCCAAUCAAAUUCUGCGUUUAUGACGAGGCUUCUACGCUCGGGGCCGCAUUGACCUCAGCAUCAGAGGCCGUCAGUGACGAGUUCCCGACAGACGAGAGUGGCAGUGACAGCGACGGCGCAGAGUCUACCUCCUCCUCCUACUCCUCUCUCAGCGACUUUGUCACGGACAUGGUCAACAGCGAGAUCGACGGAGACACACCCUGUUUCCUCCCGGAGAACCAAGUGUUAGCGGUCGACGAGUCCAAGGUCUACUGCCCCCCUGACCGGCUCCAACUCCCGGAACCCAACACAGGCCUUACAGACUCUGCCAACUCCCAGAACGAUGACAGCGAUGAUGAUGAUGACGCUGCUGACAGCUCGGACUCCUCUGCGUCCAGCAGUCCACCGAGAUAUGCACCGGAACCGGACUCAGUGUCUGUGUCUAAUCCAAACCUGGAUGUAUCCAGGGAGUUCCGGUAUGACUCUGGAAAUAUCACACCGACUGGAAGAUCUAAUAUCAGGAAUGACAGCACAGGCUCCAACAGUCCUCCAAUAAUGCGACACAACCGCCAGCCAUUGCAACCCCUCAACAAGAGCAUUAACUCUGCCUUUGAACCCUACGAGACGCCACCCAGCCCUAGAGACAGAUUCGCCCCUCCAUCAAGUCCUAAAGACAAGAACCAGCCCCCAUUGAGCCCCAGGUUAUCAACAGGUUUACGAAUUAUGUCGAAUCCGGACCACCGAGAUCGAGCCCCGACCAGUCCAGGUGACAUUGAUCCUCCCAGCCCUCGCCUGCCUCGAGUGCCACCGCCUAGCCCCAACAUGAGUAGGGAGAGGUUCGGGUCCACGGGUAGUCAGGGUAGCAGUCAGGACAGUGUCAAGGGAGUGCAUGGGGCCCCUAAGUCACCCAACAUGCUGAAUAUCAGACCUGGAUUCCGGACAAUGCAGUCAGAUCCGUCUGACAACAGGAUUCCAACAACAGACAACCGUGUUAAUAGUCCGUCCUCCUUGAUAUCCACUCUUAGCAAUGACAUCACGGACUUUGCUCACAGCGCUUCAAACACCCUCUCAGAGUUCUUUGGUUUUGCAAGUAAGCCCUCAGGGUCUAAGACCAGUGCGGCGCCAAACCCCAGCCCACCAGUCCCUACCAACCCUGGGCCCCAGUCCCAUCAGAAGCCCUCCCCCAAGCCCUUUGCCCCCCUGGGUAACAGGAAAGCCCUUGUGGAGAAAUCUGGGCUUGUAAAACACUCGACCCAUCGCAAACCGAGCAAAGAGAAGGAAAAGAAAACUGAGAGCAAGGGGUUGUCCAACAGGUCGGCUGAGAACCAGCAGUUCUUGAAGGAGGUGGUUGCCAGUGUCCUGGAUGGACAGGGCAUCAGCUGGCUCAAGAUGGGGCGGGUCAAGAAACUGCUGGAGGACGAGAACUAUCGGAACUUCAUGGUGUCCAGGCUCAACAAGAACCUGGAUAAGAAGCUGUGCGAUGAUGAUUCCCAUAUUGAAGACGUGCCAAUCUCUAAAGCUGUAUAUAAGGGUAUGCUGUCUUUGCUGAAAGCGUACGUGCAUGGCCUAGAGACCACAUUCCAGAACUAUGGUAUCGGAGGAAUGGCCAGCGCCUUCAUGGUCCUUGAGAUAGCUCACACGCACCACUGGGCCAGGGAAAACUCAAGCAGUAACAAGAGCGAUGCAUCCAUCACUCCUGAGCUCAACUCUCCGUACGGGAGUCAGGAAAGCUUGUCCAUCAAGGGAGAGCACUCACCCAGGAAUCCAGAAUCCCAAAGUUUGAAUGAGGAACACAUGGUUGCUGCCCUUGGAUCCGCCCAGCCAGUUAGCUCCUCUCUCAAUGGGUUUCACAUCACCAACUCUUCCUGCAAUGGAGGUCCACAUAAUCCUAGCAUACACCCAUCCGUUGGGGCAAACGCAGGCUCAACAGUAAUUGUCAAUGGUGACGAAUUUGAAAACAUCGAGAUGGUGGGAAACACAGUGGCGGAUGACAAUCCCUACAAGCUUCCUUGGAAUGCCACCUUCCCCACCCACCACGCCCCAGACAUGAACCGAAAUCUUGUCGCACACCCCCACAAGUGUGACAUUGUCAUCACGGGCUCUGUUGACGACAACAAGAACCACUGCAGCGAGGGGUUGCCUCCCUUACACAUAGAGUCCCCACCGGCUGACCAGGACGUGAUGCUGGAGAUGGUGAAGAACAAGGGCCUCAUGAAGACGAGUAAAAUUGACCAGCGAGUCAGCAGCAUUGAUUCAGAGAUUUCCGAGGCAAGUACCCUCAAAAGCGUCGCCUCUGACAAAAGUGUCGUGCGCUGUGGCGGGGAGAGAAGGCGGUCCGCAAUAAACCACCACUCUAUUCGGGGCUUUGUUUCUGACUCAGAAAGUGAAAUAGUCUCGGGCAAGGGCAGCCACAAGAAGGGUCGCUCAUCCAGCGUGUACAGCAACAAGAGCAGCCUCAGCACAGGCUCAAGGUAUCGGGACGGGCAGAUGAUCUCUACCUCUCCCAUACCUGGCAGCCCAGACACCUGCAAGACUUACCUGUUUGAGGGGCUUAUAGGCAAGGAGAGGAGUCGCCUCUGGGACCAGAUGCAGUUCUGGGAAGAUGUCUAUCUGGACGCAGUGGCUCAGGAACGGGACAUCAUAGGCAUGGACCAGGGGCCUGCAGAGAUGAUGGACAGGUACAACUCUCUGGGCCCGGGGGACCGCAAGCGCCUGGAGCACGACGAGGACCGGCUGCUCUCCGUUCUGCUCUAUAACCUUGUCAGCUUCAUGGUCAUGGUGCGGGUCCACAAGACCGAGGUGAAGAAGAAGAUACGCAGGCUAGUCGGCAAGUCCCACAUCGGGCUCGCACACAGCCAGGAGAUCAACAAUCUGCUGGAUAAGAUUGAGACUCUCCACGGCAACGACAUUGACCUUCGCCCAAUGGGAAGUCGGUUCAUGCAGAAGCAGUCCUUUACAGUACACUGGGGCAGCGAUAACAAGGGAGAUAUGUUGUUCAUGGAGGUCUGCGAUGACUGCAUCAUCCUGCGCAGUGUGACAGGCGCCAUCUGUGAUCGAUGGUGGUACGAGAAGCUGGUUAACAUGACAUACUGUCCAAAGACCAAGGUUCUGUGUCUCUGGAGGAAGAUGGGGGACAAGGUGCAACUCAAUCAGUUCUACACCAAGAAGUGUCGAGAGCUGUACUACUGCGUGAAAGAGGCCAUGGAGAAGGCAGCGGCACGCAACAACAGCAAGAUACCAGCUGAUUGGGGAAAACCCAAAAAAGGCCCGGAGCUUGGGGGCGAGUUUCCAGUGCACGAUGUGAAGUCGGGUCAGGGGGGCCUGCUACAAGUGUGCAUGGAGGGAAUAGGUUUGCUUCUGGCAAACAGCAAGUCUUUUAUAGAGCUAAAUCGUAUCAAGAAGUGUUUUACCUUGAAGGGCGAGAUAUUUAUUCUUGAAGAAUUCGAUGUCAAAAACAAACAAGUGAUUCAACAUCGCUUCAAGUCCACAAUGGCCAAUGCAAUAGGAAUGUGUGUGCACCGUGUUAUAACCGUGCAGGUAGCUAAAAUAGAGCAACAGAUUCGACACCAACAGGAGAUUAUGGGCAACCAAGAGCGCUGACCAGAUCUGUUAUGCGGUGCUGUGUGUGUUCUCAUACGUAGCUGCGGGACAUGAACUCACUGAACCUCAGAGAAAGCAAACUUGACCAGAAUGGAAUUCAAACUGCUUGUUUCUUUUAUGUUAAUGAGCUGUCCAUUAUCUCUGUAAAAAUUUUUUUUUCGACCUAAGGGUUUGUUCUCAUAUAUCUUAUCAUUCACCCAUAUGAAACAAUGACAAACAUUCAAUUUCAUUAACUUAUUAUGGCACUUGUAUUUGUUGCCAUUCUGCAAAGAAUUUGUGCUGCUUGUUUUAAGUAAAAGAAAGCGGAUCUAAAGUAAAAUAAAUUCAAUAAAUAUAUGAUCAAAUCCUCAAUAAAUUGAGGGAAUUAUUUCUAAACAAUGGGCAGCUCAUAAGUAUUAUUUUAAAUGGUGCUUUGAAAAAUAAACCUCUAAUUAGCAUUUGUAUAUAGAUUAAUAUAUAUAUGUAUGUGAAAUAUUUUUGUUGACUACAAAGCAUAUAUUUUUUCACACUGCUCUGCUUUAUCAGAUUAAUAUGUAUGUUAUUCUAUUUUCAUAGUCUAUUAUAGAGAGAUGUUAUCUGUAUCUAAUUUAUGUGUCUUUCAUGGUGAGUGAUCCGAUAAUUGCUAUCUUUUCUCAUUAUUGUUUUACUUGGCAUUCUUUUUUUUUCUGUGAAAGAAUAAUGUAAUUUGAGUAAAAAUCUUGAUGUUUAUGGUCCAUCUCUUAUAGCCCCUGUCCAUAAAAAAAUCAAUCAAUCCUGAAAAGGUAACCACUGUAAUGAAGGAAAAUAAAAAUUAUUUCACCAUUAUUUCACUGUUAACUAUUUUUUAAGUGGUUGGUCAAAUGGAAUAUAUAGUUAACUUAAUGUUUAGUAUGAAUGUUGUGUGCACUCAAUUUACUGUAGAGGCAGCACAAGCUGUCUUUAAUAUAUGAUAUUAUCUGAAUUGAUUUUAUAUCAAUGAACUCAAUGCUUCUUUUGGUACUAGUUUUUUAAUUGGUUAUUAACUAUACAUUGGAAUUUAUUCUGCAAAAUAGUUAUAAAAAAAUUAUGAGUGGAUUAGGGCUAUCUGUAUGGGUAAUUAAAAAUAUAUUAAGGUAGAUCAAUUCAAUAAUAUAUAAAAUGUGACAUGAUAUGUUGUAUCUUUGUGUUUGUUUAAUGUAUCAGUUGGUGAGCAGGUCUGCAGGUAUUUACUGUAAAAGUAAAUAAUUGCCAUAAUUAACAUGAUGAAAUUAAAUAAUUAAGUUAAAUAAUGUAAUGACUCAUAUAUUUAAGUAGUAUAAGCAUGUUAUAAAUGGUGCAGUUGUUUUGUAAUUGUUUUGUUUGGCUGUUUUGAUACACAAUUCUCUAGAUCAAGUGUUUUAUUUUUUGUUGGAGAUCCAUUCUGGUCAAGUUUGAAAACACACCAUCUAGUGGAUAUCUUGAGGUACAACAGAAAGCAACAGAAACCAUCUAAAGAAUAUCUUGCGCCACAACAGAAAGAAACAAACACUACAGUUGUUUCUACACAAGAUGAUUUUGCCAAAACAGAACACCUUUGAGUUGGGCGCUAAUGGAUGCCAUGUGGUCUUGUUUUUGAUAUCCAAACUAGCCCAGUUUGUCAUUGUUGGUCAUUUGUGCAUAUUACAAUAUUGUCAUGUAAGUUGUGUGUUAUCAGUAUUCUAUGCCAUUUUAUGUAUUAUUGCAGAAACGUUUUCAUGCAUGCCAGCUAUUAUUUUCACGUAAACUGUUGUUGACAAAUCAUAAUCCCUCUAUCUGUUUAUCAUCACACAUAACCAAAAAGGUAUCGACUUGAUUGUUACGUGCUCAUAGCGCUCAAAAUAAACAACUGUUCCUGAAAAGUUAAUAAUAAUCUUGCAUGUUUUAUACAGUUUCAAUGUAUAUAUUAUGAAAUUACUAAGGUUGGGCAAGGGAGUGUGGUUGUUUUUGCAUUUAGAACUGUAUGCAUAGUCAAGUCCACGGUUGUGUUAUUUGAUGUAAACAACACAUUUUUAUGUAGAAAAUUUUCUUGACUUACUAUUAUUUAUAAGAGUUCUCAUAAUCUAUUAAGACUUACACCAUGUUUUUUGACAAAUGAUUAUUAGGCAAAUGUUUUAAAGAGUUAAAAGUUGAACAUAUUGCAUGUUUUAUGUACAAGAGAUUAUUGAGUUUAUUAAUGUUAUGCUGCAUUUUUAUGCCCCCCUCGAAGAAGAGGGGGUAUAUUGCUUUGCUCAUGUCGGUCUGUCGGUCGGUCGGUCUGUCGGUCGGUCCGUCCACCAGGUGGUUGUCAGAUGAUAACUCAAGAAUGCUUGGGCCUAGGAUCAUGAAACUUCAUAGGUACAUUGAUCAUGACUCGCAGAUGACCCCUAUUGAUUUUGAGGUCACUAGGUCAAAGGUCAAGGUCACAGUGACCAGAAAUAGUAAAAUGGUUUUUGAAUGAUAACUCAAGAACGCAUACGCCUAGGAUCAUGAAACUUCAUGGGUAGAUUGAUCAUGACUUGCAGAUGACCCCUAUUGAUUUUGAGGUCACUAGGUCAAAGGUCAAGGUCACGGUGACCCGAAAUAGUAAAGUGGUUUCCGGAUGAUAACUCAAGAACGUAUACGCCUAGGAUCAUGAAACUUCAUGGGUAGAUUGAUCAUGACUCGCAGAUGACCCCUAUUGAUUUUGAGGUCACUAGGUCAAAGGUCAAUGUCACGGUGACCCGAAAUAGAAAAAUGGUUUUCGGAUGAUAACUCAAGAACGCAUAAGCCUAGGUACAUGAACCUUCAUAGGUAGAUAGAUCAUGACUUGCAGAUGACCCCUAUUGAUUUUGAGGUCACAAGGUCAAAGGUCAAGGUCACGGUGACCCGAAAUAGUAAAAUGAUUUUCGAUGAUAACUCAAGAACGCUUUUGCCUAGGAUCAUGACACUUCAUAGGUACAUUGAUUGUGACUCGCAGAUGACCCCUAUUGAUUUUCAGGUCACUAGGUCAAAGGUCAAGGUCACAGUGACAAAAAUCGUAUUCACACAAUGGCUGCCACUACAACGGAAAGCCCAUAUGGGGGGCAUGCAUGUUUUACGAACAGCCCUUGUUUAUGUGUUUCAUUAUAGAAUGUAUUUUAGAUAUUGCUCUGAAAGGAUGGCAUUGUAGUAGUCACGCCGUAUUUUGCGUUUCGUCCAUCCAGUUUUUGUUUCUGCUCUGUUUAUUAAUGCCUAUGAUGAUUUUAAUAUAUUGAGUAAUAUUUUUUUUCAUUCAUCUUUCUCAUGAACAUACAAUGUGUACAAUGCCCGGGCUCCUUUGCUAUGAAUUAUUCGUUUCUGUCCUGUAACUUUUUAUGCCCCCCUGUAGGAUGGCAUAUAGUAGUUGAACUGUCCGUCAGUCAGUCUGUACGUCCGUCCGAAAAAAACUUUAACAUUGGCCAUACAUUUUUCACUAUUGAAGAUAGCAACUUGAUAUUUGGCAUGCAUGUGUAUCUCAUGGCGGCCAUACAUUUUUCACUUUUGAAGAUAGCAACUUGAUAUUUGGCAUGCAUGUGUAACUCAUGGCGCUAAACAUUUUGAGUGGUGAAAGGUGAAGGUCAUCCUUCAAGGUCAAAUGUCUAAUAUAUGGCGUCUGUAUGUCCGUCCAAAAACAUUAACAUUGGCCAUAACUUUUUCACUAUUGAAGAUAGCAACUUGAUAUUUGGCAUGCAUGUGUAUCUCAUGGAGCUGAACAUUUUGAGUGGUGAAAGGUGAAGGUCAAGAUAAUCCUUCAAGGUCAAAUGUCAAAUAUAUUGCGUCUGUCCGUCCGAAAACUUUAACAUUGGCCAUAACAUUUUCAAUAUUGAAGAUAGCAACUUGAUAUUUGGCAUGCAUGUGUAUCUCAUGAAGCUGCACAUUUUGAGUGGUGGAAGUUCAAGGUCAAGGUUAUCCUUCAAGGUCAAAGGU